AUGUCGUCCGCCGGGGGCUCCGCGGACCGACCGCCAGAUGAAGGGUUUGACAACCCUGAGGAGGAGAGCACGAGCCAUGAGCAGCCUCGAAAGAGAAAGGGGAAUGUGGAUUCAAAAUCUGAACCAAGAGAUAGUGAUGACUUUUUAAUGGACGAGGAGUUCAGCAGAUCUGAUGGAGAGGACCAGCAGGUGAAGAUGAAAUGUUUCAGGGAACCUCACAGACAGAUUGAGAAGCGGCGCAGGGACAAAAUGAACAACCUCAUAGAUGAGCUAUCGACCAUGAUCCCCUCAUGUCAGCCACAGCCACGGAAACUUGACAAACUCACUGUGCUCAGGAAGGCUGUGCAGCAUCUGAAAGCACUCAGAGUGUGCUCAAGCAGCACCUUAUUAGAAACCAUCGCAAAGCCUUCCAUUCUGCCUCAUGAAGACCUAAGACACCUCCUGCUCAGGGCUGCAGAUGGGUUCUUGUUGGUGGUGACGUGUGAUAGAGCUAAAAUCCUCUUCAUCUCAGAGUCUGCUUCUGAAGUCCUCAACUUCAGCCGGUUGGAGUUAAUCGGGCAAAGUCUGUUUGACUUCAUUCACCACAAAGACAUUCACAAAGUGAAGGAGCAGCUGGCCUCUUCCGACUCUUUUCCUCGCCAAAGCCACAUAGAUGCUGCAACUCCUGUUCCGCAGCCUGAAGCGCUUCCCAGGGCUGCCCACAUGACCACGGGCGCUCGCAGGUCCUUCUUCUGCCGCAUGAAGCACGGCCGGCUCCCCGCCAAGCAAGAUGACAAACACCUUCUACCCACCAGCUCCAAGAAAGAAAGAAAGAAAGACUCAUACAAAUAUUGCACGCUGCACUGCACUGGGUACAUGGGCAGCUGGCCGCGCUCAGACCCGGACUCGGAGCCUGAGACGGAGCCCUCCCCGCUGUCCUGUCUAGUGACCUUCUGUAGAGUCCAGCCACACAGCUCCAGUCCCACCAACAAAGAUCAACAACAAAACACCAAACCCAUGGAGUUCAUAACGCGCUGCUCCAUCGACGGGAAAUUCAUCUUUGUCGAUCAACAGCCCGGGAGAGAUGCUGAUGAAGCGACUACCAUCAUUGGGUAUCUGCCGCAAGAAGUCCUGGGUACAUCGUGCUAUGAAUAUUUCCAUCACAACGACUUGCAUCACCUUUCAGAGAAACAUAGGGAGGUUCUUCGAAGCAAAAAGAAGAUUGAAACACAAUGUUACAAGUUUAAGACAAAAUACGGCUCCUACGUGAUGCUCCAAAGUCAGUGGUUUAGUUUCACAAAUCCUUGGACCAAAGAAAUAGAGUUUAUAGUCUCUUUAAAUAGAGUUGUCACGAGACCGCGCCAUCACGGCAAAGACGAAGCCGAGGCAGGCAGCUCCAAAGCACUUCCAGGCAUGUCAAAGGAAUUACCCGUUCCCAUAAUUCCUGGCCUCUCAUCGGGGGUGGGAAACAUGAUUUACGCAGGCAGCAUCGGGACACAAAUUGCCACUGAGCUCAUAGAGGCUUAUAGAAUAAACUCUUCUCCAUCAAGUGGAGCUUCCAGUCCAUUUGGUCUAAUUUCAGAAAAACUCCCACUCGACUCUCCUUGCACCAGUAAGAGUGGCUCAAGUCGAGAGGAGGCAGCCGGCAGCUUGGAGUCUAAAACUACAGCAGGCAGCAGUGGGUCAUCAGAAGGCACCGGAGAGUCUUCAUUGGACAUGGACAACGUGGUGGUCCCUGGCCUGAGCGCUUUCAGCAGUGACGAGGCAGCAAUGGCCGUUAUUAUGAGUUUGUUAGAGACCGAUGCCAAUUUAGGACAGAGCGGAUACUUGGAAGAUCUACACUGGCCUUUUUGA